AACUCACAGGAUCAUAUCCCUCCCGCCCUUGCUUCCCCCACUGGUCCUCUCCCUCCGAGGGAGCUCUUUUUCGCAUUUAGCUCAAUCAAUGGUUUUCACUCUUUUAUGAUAAGUCUGUCUUUGAUUUUUCCCAAAUGGACGGUUCCGCUCUCUCCGCCGCCGCCGUUAUGGCCACCGCCACCGCCACCGCCACUUUCGGUAUCAACCAGUCCAUUCUCAAAUUGUUCUCAUCCACAAGAAGAACGAAAACCCUCUCUUUCCCUCGAAGAUCUAGGCUUACUGUAUCUGCCUCCAAAGAGGAUCUUAAACUUGACAAGUGGGACCAGAUGGAGCUCAAGUUCGGCCGGUUGCUCGGCGAAGACCCCAAGCUCACCCUCGCUAAGAUAAGGGGUAGAAAAUUAAACCCAGAUGCAUCUUAUCUGGAAAUUGAGAAAUCAUAUUACAAGAAAAAGGGUAAAUUAGAAUAUAAUGAUGUAGAGGAGGUUCCAUUUGAUGUGUCUCCGGGAAGGCAGCCAUCGAGUUCAUUGAAUGGGCUGAACUUGGUCCGUCCUGUUCCUAAGAAAGGAAUCAAAUUCGAAUCUGGAGACAAGUCGGAUGCAGCAGGGAUGAAGAAGCCAAAUAAAUCAGUUGGAAAGGCACAAGAUAGUAGUAAAGCUGCUGUACCUAAUGUUGAGGCAGCACAUAGUAGAAAAGAUACUGUACCUAAUGUCAUCUUGCGAAAGCCAACAAUGUUUUAUGAGGAUAAUGUGGAGAUGGAGAAGCCUUCAAGAUGGAGGCUUGAACCAAAUUUGUCACUGAAAAUGGGACAGGAACCAGCAAAGGAGAAAUUCAGUGACAUCAUGUUGCUGAAGAAGCCAGAACCCAUAACUGUCAAGACAAGUCAUGAUAGCAAACAAGAUACCACAGGCGUUUCCGAACUCAAAGUUUCCAAUGACGUUGAAGGGAAUAUUUUACAUGGUGGACCUGCAUAUGCAGAAACAGCUGAUGUGAAAGAGUCCACGUCUGUUGAAUCCAGGGAUGGUUCAUUGCCACUGGAACUUGAGAUAGAGGAUGAUUCUUUGAUAGGAUUACAGCCACUUGAGCAGAGAGAUGCAGGGUCAGCUGCAGAGAAAACCGCUGCAAGUGAACUGACUGCAAUGGAAGUAGUUGAUUCUGCUGCCGAGUUCUCUGUAGAAGCAGCACUGCAGGGAAAACCCAUCAGAUUAGACCAAUCUGUUAAAGAGACAUCAAAUCCUAGUACAGUUGAGACAGUUCAUGUGAAUCCUGAACGCUAUAGUGAGGCAGUUGACAGCGAGAGUCUCCUUGCAAGUUCAACUUUGAAGGAACAUGAAGAUAAUGACUGGACAAGGGCAGAAGAUCUAGCUAAGAAUGGAGGGAAGGAGGAAGUCGAGUUGAUAAAUUCCAGCACCAGAGGUUUUGUAGUAUCUUUUGGCUCUUUGAUAGGAUUUUUGCCAUACCGUAAUCUUGCUGCCAAGUGGAAGUUUUUGGCUUUUGAGUCAUGGUUGAGGAGGAAAGGCUUGAACCCAUCAAUGUACAAGCAAAAUUUAGGCAUUAUUGGGAAAACUGAAGUUGUAAAUAAUAGUUCUUUGCCUGAUUCAGAUCCAGAAAUUAAUAAAGAAAUUUCACCAGAUAUGACACUGGAAGAUCUUCUUAGGAUUUAUGACCAAGAUAAAAUCAAAUUCUUAUCAUCAUUCAUUGGCCAGAGAAUCAAAGUUAAUGCUGUAUUGGCUGACAGAAAAUCCAGACAGCUAGUUUUUUCCCUGAGGCAAAAGGAAAAGGAAUAUUUGGUUGAGAAAAAGAGAAAUCUUAUGGCUAGACUCCAAGUUGGGGACGUUGUAAAAUGUUGCAUCAAGAAAAUAACUUACUUUGGAAUUUUUGUUGAGGUUGAAGGAGUUUCUGCGCUGAUUCACCAGACAGAAGUGUCAUGGGAUGCCACUUUGGAUCCUGCAUCAUUUUUCAAAAUUGGUCAGGUUGUUGAGGCAAAAGUUGAUCAACUGGAUUUUUCCCUUGAACGUAUAUUUUUAUCUUUGAAGGAGACUACGCCAGAUCCAUUAAAUGAGGCCUUGGAGAGUGUAGUUGGUGAUCAUAAUUCCUUGGAUGGGAGACUGGAAGCAGCACAAGCAGAUACUGAGUGGGCUGAUGUGGAAUCACUUGUCAAAGAACUGCAAAAAAUUGAGGGGAUCCAAACUGUAUCAAAGGGCCGUUUUUUCAUGAGCCCUGGAUUAGCUCCUACAUUUCAGGUUUAUAUGGCGUCCAUGUUUGAAAAUCAGUACAAGUUACUUGCUCGAGCUGGAAACAAAGUACAAGAGGUGAUGGUUGAGGCAACAUUGGGAAAUGAAGAAAUGAAGGCGGCAAUUCUAAGGUGUACCAACAGAGUGGAAUAACUGCUUCUGUUAACGGCCCUUUUUUUUGUUUGUAAAUUUCUAAUUGCGAAACACUCGAUGCUAUUCCCUCGACUUUCAAUUUCUACAAUCCUCGAAUGUGAAAUUGUGGAAUUGAUUUUUUUUUUUAAAUAAUAAUUUUUUUUUCAGUUA